CAUCAUUUCGGAGUCCCUUGUUGUCCAAACAGCGCAGAUGUACUUGCACGCACCUCAUCGUGGCGCUGGGUUGUGUGUGAAGUUCUCGAGCGUGCGCACAUCCACCUCCACUAACGCACAAAGCGCUUCUGCUCAGGUUACUGUAAAUGAGACCUCAAGUCUUACUACAAUUACCUGUUUAAUGGACUAAAUAGCCAGAGGGACCAGAAGCCAUAAUAUGAAGAAACGCUACAUGGACAUAGGCAGGCUACGGAAAAUGAAAAAGAUUAAGCUCACAGAGAAGAUUUCCGAAAGCGCCUACUCUGUUCUGAAGUUGAUGAUCGUCUGGAUGCUGGUGCUGUUAGCUGACUUUAUUCUGGAGUUCAGACUAGAAUACCUGUGGCCAUGUUGGCUGUUUCUGGGGACAGUCUACACCACAUUCCACUGUCAUGGACUGGCCAUCUGUGUGGUUUUUGUGUGUGCGGCAUUUACCCUGGACUUAUUCUGUUUAAUUUUUGUACCCUUACACUGGCUGUUUUUUGCAGCCAGCACAUAUGUCUUACUCAACUAUAUGUGGCAUACAGAAAAGGGAAUCUGUAUGUCAUCUGUGACAUUAUGGAUACUGUUAGUGUAUAUGGAGGCCUCUCUACGGUUGCGGGACCUGAAAAGCCCUAAUGCAAAUCUGUCCCAUCUAUUUGCUGCACACUGCAUUGGUUAUCCAUUAGUGUACAUGGGAUUUGAUGCAACAUGCUACUUCUCCAGUAUGUUUAAGCUGCGCCCUCAGAAAUCAGUUCAGAGCGAGAACGAUGUCCACAUGGAUCUCCUGCAACAAUCCCUACCUCCUGCCACCCACCUGUACCCAAAAUUGUGGGUGGAAGAUCCCAAAUAUAAGGUGGCCAAAUCUAGGCCGAUGCAAUACCAGUGUCCAUCCAAUUCCAUCACCUCAGAGGACAAACAAACCAUGGAAGACUGCCUUCAAAUCCACAGACUUCCUGUGAGACCCGAAAGAGAUAUAAGUCAACAAACCCCAGGACUCAAGCACCGUGGAGGGGAACUUCAUUUGGACUCUGCAUCCAUGCUAGAAAUGACUGAAAACCUACCUCAGGAGGAUCAGAGCAGCAAAGCUCAAAAACCUUCCAAGAGCUCCUUGCCUAAAGUGCAUCGAGGUUCAGUGAAUAUCCCUAACAGCAAAGGGGAGAAGAGGCAGAAAGCCCCCAAAGCCAUCAACACAACAGGGGACCCUGCUGAAAGGUGCUCGUCAAACAUCCCCCCGAGUCCUCCGAACCCACACGCUGAGCAGAUGCUGAAGCUGGAACAAGAAAUGAGGAAGCUGAAGGGAGAGCUGCAGGCGAGCAGACAGAGCGAGCAAGAGCUGCGCAGUCACAUUUGUAAUCUGACCAACAGUGAACACAGUCUGCGCCCUGAAGUCUCUCUGCUCAGACAUGCAAAUGAACUGCUGCAAAACAAGUGAGUCCUCUGAUCGCUUC